AUGAUGGAGAUGUCGCCAUUUCCAGAAUUGGCUCUGCCGGCUGCGGAUCGACUACGUGGCAUGGUUCCGCACGCUUCGCAUAUGUUAUACAUGCCGACGCAUAUUGAUGCCGCCGUCGGUGACUAUCGCCAUGGUAUCGACUCCAACCAUGAAGCGAUACUUGCCGACAACAUCUACUUUGCCCGAGAGACGGGUACAACUAUGUACGUGGCCUGCCGGGUGCAUUACAUUUGUGCAAAAUUGUAUUCUGCUAUUAUGUCUGGCCGAUUCACGGACGCGAUGUCCGCUGCAGAAAAGCUCGAACAUGUCAUUGAUCCGAACCUGCUAUCCGUCAAAAGUCCCCCAAUGGCAGACUUCAUCGAGAGCUUCGUGGGAAGUAAGGUGCAUGUGCUAGUGCGCGCUUUGGUCGCUGGGAAGAGAUUCUUGACCUCAAGCUUCCCGCCGAUCGCGAUACAUAUUGCGUAA